AUUGUUGACAGGAACACUUUGAGUCAUGAACAGGUUUCACAGUACAUAUCAUUACACACUCUAUUAUGGGGCUGUAAUAUUCAAUCUCCUGAAGGAUGGCGUGUUGCCCACAGUUUAGCCGUUCGUAGAUAUCCCGUUUGCGCCGUUGUGGCUUUGAGAGAUCAUAGAAUGACUGUUGUAGGAAGAAUAGAAGGUGCUACAGAUAAAGAUUUGUUUUUGCAACGACUUGAAUCUCUCCUUUCCGACAAUGAAAUUUACUUAACACAGGCUAGAGCAGAUAGGUAUGAACGUAGUUUAACGCAAUCUCUGAGAGCUCAACAAGAUGAGGCAUAUGAGCAAUCACUACGAGCUGAUCAAGAGAAGGAACGACUUAAGGAACAAGAAAGAUUGAAACAAAAGUCAAAAGAAAAUGAAGAGAAGCAACGGCAGCAAGAAGAAGAACAACGGAAACAAAAAAUAGCUGAAGAAAAAAUUGAAUGUAUGGCAAAAAUACCAGAAGAACCACCGAUUGAUGCACCAGAAGUCCUAUUUAUUGUUAUAAAGCUACCUUGUGGUAAACGUCUUGAACGUAGAUUCCUGUCUAGUCAUUCCAUUGAAGAUAUAUUCUAUUAUGUCUUUUGUCAUCCGGAUGCUCCAGAUGAGUUUGAGAUUAUAACAAACUUUCCAAAGCGAGUUUUGCAGGUGAACCGUGGUGGUGUAUCAAUGACUCUUGCGCAAGCUGGACUUAAAACAAGAGAAGUUCUUUUUAUAAAUGAUUUGGAUGCAUAGGUUGAAUAUUUGUAUUUAAUAUAGAAUAUGAAAUUUUUAAUUUAUUUGUUUGAGCAAUAAUCAGUUUGCUGAUGAGUGUUGCUUUUGGACAGUUUUAUGUAUAUCAGUAUCUUAUUUACAAAAUAUAUUAAAGUAUAUUAACACAGUAUGCAGAUUAUUU